AGUAGAAACAAGUAAUAAUAUAUUAUCUUCUUAUAUUUAUUAUUCUUAGUUUUCACAAGUUAGAAUUUUUCGAUGCAUUAAAAAUAAGUUUUCUUCUUUGUUGCAAUUUUAGGAAAUUAUUAAAAAUCAUAAUAAAUGACAUAUUGUUGAUAAAUUUUAAACUAUUUAAAAAAAUAUUGUAGUUUAGAAAAUAGAGAUUUAAAAAUUCAUUAUGAAUAUAGAAAGUGCAGCUAUUAACAUUUUAAAACGUGGUGUAGAGUUAGAUACAAAAAAAAGAUAUACUGAAGCACUAGUUUGUUAUCAAGAAGGACUACAAAUUCUUGUGGACAAGAUAAAAGGUGAAAUAGAUGAAACCUCUAGAAGUUAUUUACGAAAAAAAGUAGAAGAGUAUAUGAAUAGAGCUGAAUGUAUAAAGAAAUUGGUUUCAAAGCAGAAAGAAAUUGGCCAGUUUCAUGAACAGGUUCAUAUUGAAAAUGAUUCUACAGGACAUAGCUAUAAGACAUUAUUUGGACGUUUUCUAGAUGAGGAUGUACAGUUUGUAAUUAUUGAAGAUCCCUACAUAAGAAGUUUUCACCAGUGUCAAAAUUUUCUUCGUGUAUGUGAGUUAUUGGUGAAGUCUUGUGAUAAACUGAAGCACAUAGAACUAUUAACAUCCAAGGAUAAUAAGUCAAAUAAAGACCAAAGCAACUGGCUGAAGAACAUAUCCAUUGACCUGCUCAAAUAUAAUGUGCAAUUGAUAGUAAAAUUUUCAGAAACACUACAUGAUAGACAAAUUAUCCUUAGUUCUGGAUGGAUAGUAAAAAUAGGCAGAGGUUUAGAUUUCUACAAAGCAACUGAGAACAAAUUUUGCUUAGGAAUGCAUGAUCUUGAUUUAAGACCAUGUCAUGAGACUACAGUUGACAUUUUACACUCAAAGAAUAUUAAGCAAUCAUACGGUUGAUAGUGUAAGUUCUCUAUAGUAAUUAAUAUGACACAACUGUCUUGUGAUGUGAUAUGGAUAAAAAGUAUUUUUCAAAAUGAUAAUUUUAUAUUUGUAGAAAAUCUAGAGAUCUUAACAGAUCCAAAGUUAAGCACAAUAAGUAGGUAUAUUUGUGUAAACUUAAAAAUCUACUUAAACUAUUUAGGAUAUCAAGAUUUUCUAUUAAUUAAUAAAUAUUUAUUAAACAUUAUCUAGUGUCUGGAGUUUGAUUGCAUCUAAUAUUGUAAAUAACACUGGUAAUCCAUGAAAAAUGUGUGACAUAGAUUUUCUCUCAAAGACUCUUUUGUAUAGAUGCAAUAUGUACAAUAUUAAGAAUAUUUCUCACUUUUGUGAACCUUUUUUUUUUGAAAUGUGUAUUGUUAAUUAAUUUAUUUUUGUAAUGUGAUGUUAAUAUACAUAGAAAGUGUGUGACAAUUUAUACUUAUUAUGAAGGUGCUAGAAUUAA